AUGGAACUUCCUCUUGUGCUCUUGCUGAUUUCAAACAUCCACUCUGGACACACUGAAGCUGAUGUGAUUAUGGAGAGUCCUGUUCAUCCUGUGACUUGCUCUCAGACAGCAGCAGAGGAGCUGGAGGAAACUACACUGUCAUUUGAUCUCUUCAUACAUGCACAGCACACACACAUGUUUAACAUGUUAUUAAUGAGUGAUUUCUCUAUUUCAGAUAGAGCCCAGGCAGUUUUAAGUGUUUCUCCACAGAAGUGGUUGACUGAAGGAGAUCCAGUGACUCUGAUCUGUGAGGUUAACGGCUCCUCUACAGGCUGGACAUUCAGCUGGUUCACUGUAACUGUCUCAGACUACAGAUAUCGUUAUGAGCUGCUCUCCAGAGGAGCUAGAGGAGCUGGAGGAAACUACACUGUCAGUUCUGCUGCUCUAAAACACACAGGAGUUUAUGCAGAGAGAGCAGAGAGAGGAAAACCAGUCUAUAAAAGAACCAUCAGCAACACACAGUUAAUAUGGGUCACUGGUGUUUCUCCUCCAGUCUCUCUGAUCAUCAGUCCCAGCAGAACUCAACACUUCACAUUGGUCUCUCUCUCUCUGAGCUGUGAGGACCAGAGUAACUCUGAUAGAUGGAGAGUGAGAAGAUACACAGGGAGUGGACAGUGGGAAGAUUGUUCAUCAUUACGCCGGGCAUCACAAACAGGAUCUACAUGUACAAUCAGCUCUACCAUCACAUGGGACACUGGAGUGUACUGGUGUCAGUUUGAAUCUGGAGAGAACAGUCAUCCUGUUAAUAUCACUGUACACCUUGGUGUGAUUCUGGAGAGUCCUGUUCAUCCUGUGACUGAAGGAGAUACUCUGACUCUACGCUGUUUAUAUCAACAUUCAACCCCACCAAACCUCAGAGCUGAUUUCUAUAAAGAUGGAUCACUCAUCCAGAAUCAAACUACAGAGAUGAUCAUCUCUACUGUCUCAAAGUCACAUGAGGGUUUCUACUACUGCAAACACCCAGAGAGAGGAGAGUCACCCAAGAGCUGGAUCUCAGUCAGAGCUUCCUCAGCCUCAAAGUCUGAUGGUCUCAAUCCUGUGAUAAUUGGAGUGACUGCAGGACUGACCGUCACAUUUUUGAUCAUUGUCGUCUUGGUCCUGCUGUGGUGCUACAGAAACAACAAAGGUGUAAGAUCUCAGUCUCCCUCUAGUGUCAGUCAACAGCAGAACAGCAGUCAGACAUCAGAGCAGAACCAGAGUGACGCUGGAAACAACACACUGCUGUCUGACAGCGUAAGUGGACCUGAACUCACCUAUGCUGAGAUUGAACUCAAAUCUACAAAGAAACUGAAGAAAAAGAAAGACAACAAAAGGAACAGCAUUGAGAGUUAUGACAGCGUUUACUCUAAACAGAAGUUAGAAACAGAUCAAGGUGCUGGAUCUAGUGAUGUGACAUAUGCUCAGAUUAAAUAA